GUAUAGGAGGCCUCAACCUACCAACUCUAUUAAGAAGAAGAAGAAGAAAGAAGACAUCUCAUGAUAUGACCUCCUGUUCUAGCUGUUAUAGUAUGAUUCUAAUUUUUUUAGCUUUUUUUCUUCCAUUGUCAGAACCAAUUGCUCAGGAAUAUCAUAUGUUUAGGUUUCCCGUGACGAUAGCCGUUUCAGUGGCCACUUGUUAUCGAUAAAGAAGAAACAACGAGACUAGUUAGAAAGGUGGUGCAACGUAGAUGAGACGGCGGCAGCAGCAUCAUCGUCAUCAUCAUCAUCAUCCCUUGCGAGUUAGCAUAAAUCAAGAUGGCAGGGCCCAUCGACACUAGGAAACGUUCUCGCGAGGAAGAACAGAAUGAAUUUAUGCCCCUGUCGAAACGCAUCAACAAUCUGCAUCUUAACAACAACCAGAACAGUAUUGCGGCAGGCGUCGUACUGCCGGAGCAGAUCGGCGGCGCUGGUGGGCCCCCACGAUCAUCAGCUGCUUGGGGCGGUCGGUUCGUGCGGAAUGAACAUGCACAACAAUCACCAUCAUCAUCAUCAUCCUCAUCACCAUCACCACCUGCAUCCGCAACACCUGAUGGGAGUUAUGGCCGGUGCCAGCUCGAGCAGUAGCAAUAGUAGUAACAGCAAUGGCAGCAGUAACGGAUCGUUUCCGAUUCCGGCCAACAGUGGAAGCAACAGUCCCGCGUCGACCAUUUCAAUUAACGGCGAAAUCCUGGGCGAUUACUGUCCCGUGCUGAGCGCGGAGGAAAUCCACACUACUUUCAC